AUGUUUGGUGACCUGCAUCAGCAAUGGUUGAGACGUGUGCACGAGUGGGACUUGGUACCGCGUCUUCUCAGGAAUGUUGCAACGAGCAGUGAGGUUCCUUUGCUUUGUGAUGAAGAAGUGGCUGAUCAUCGCGAAGAUCUGCGUCUUUUUCUCAGUAGUAAAGGUCUCGAGUGCUUUUUCACCGUGCCUUCAGGUCAACCAUUGGCACUUCACCUGCUACGUGGCAUGCUCACGCUGCCCGAUGACGUCGAUGCAGAGCUAGCAGUACAGCUUGAGCGAGGAGUGGGCAUAUUGGACACUAUUUCGGCGUCUGGCGUCUGGCGCCCAGUGGAAGUGCCCGAGCGUUUUCUAGUAGAGCUGCUUAGCUGGCAAGAGCCGUGGAGUUCCGGGCGACAAGACCCGGAUACCGUGUUGCAGCUGGUGCAGGAGGAUGUCGAUCUUGGGUUUGCAGAGUGGCUUCCGGGCGGUCUUGCAGAAGCUCGGGUUCGGUUUGGUGCAGCCUGUCCGGCAGGGCGGCUCGGGCUUGUCAAACAGGAUGGCUCGGCCCCACGUUUGGUGGGUGACAGCGCAGUGUCCGGCAAACUUCCUUUGCUGGAUUGGUGA